AUGUCUGGGGGCUCAGAGAGUGAUGACUGUGUAACAGCUAAUGGGAUGGUUUACAUUCCUGAAGUAAGAAAUGAGGAAACACCAACGGUUGGGAUGAAGUUCGACUCGCUUGACCUCGCUUAUAAUUUCUAUAACAGAUAUGCAUUCUUGGCUGGCUUUGGUAUUCGACUUCAUUCCAGCUUUCGGGGGACAUAUAAGAAAGAGAUUCUGAGGAAAGAAUUUGUUUGUUGCAAACAAGGUGCAUACAGGAAAGAUGAAACUCGGGAGAGAAAAAGACAGCGGGGAAUAAGUAGAUGCAAUUGCAAAGCUAAGAUUGUGGUUGUGAAGACAAAUGGGAGCAAGAAGUAUGCCAUCUCUCUUUUUGCAGAGGGACACAAUCAUAAGAUGACAGACUCAGAAAGAGUGCAUUUAUUGAGAUCACACCGUCGUAUUUCGGAUUCUACAAAAGUACUUACAAAACAGUUGGGUUCGGUUAACAUCCCCAUUCAUCAAAAGGUAAGUAUUUUCGAGGUGCAAUCCGGAGGAAUGGAUAAAAUCGAUUUUAUCAAAAAGGAUAUUUACAAUCUUGAAUGUAGUGUGAAUGGGAAGCUGAGGAACCACGAUGUUGAACUAGUGACCGAGUAUUUUAUGGCUGAACAGAAAAAAAAAAAUGAGGCUUUUUAUUUCAAGAUUGAGGGAGAUGGCGAAGACAAGUUUAGUCGAUGUUUUUGGGCAGAUGCAACUUCUAGACGGGCAUACCGGUUGUAUGGAGAUGUUGUUGUAUUCGAUACCACAUUCAACACGAAUCGAUACGACUUGAAAUUUGCACCAAUAUUGGGAGUUAAUAACCAUGGUCAGAAAAUUGUCUUAGCAUGCACAUUUUUGAGCAAGGAAACGACUGAGUCGUUUAUUUGGAUGUUUGAGGAGUUUAAGAAAGCCAUGCAAGGUGGCGAACCUAAAACGAUCAUUACAGAUCAAGAUGCGGCCAUCACCAGAGCGAUUUCAAUAGCCUUCCCGACUACAUUUCAUCGGCUUUGCAUAUGGCACAUCACAUCAAAGUUCCAUGUUAAGUUACCACAUUCUGCUUAUAAGGAGUAUUGGCGUGAAUUUCAGAAAGCCAUAUGGGAUACUGACAAUAAGGAUGAGUUUGAUGCAAAGUGGAAUAUUGUGGUUACAAAGGCUGGGAAUCUUGGGUUCCAGCCUACGCACGAGACUUUUUUGCCGCUGGAAUGUCAAGCAGCCAAAGAGCGGAAGGUUCUCAUGCUUUCUUCAAGCAAUACAUAUCAAGGAGAAAUUCGUUGA